AUGAAAUGCGAUAAAGUGCGGAGAAGUACAAGGGUAGUAGCGGAGGCUACAAAAGCAAGUCUAGAAUGUGACCGUUCCACUUCUUUGAACACAAACCCUCUUUCCUCUCUCAAUCUCUACGGCGCAGCUCUGAUCCCCCGCCAUUCUGAUUCGAUUUCGAUCGCCUCCCUUUUCCUUCAGGCGUUUUCGUUGCAACCUCUUCUACUUCGCAUGAAAACUACGCCAUCAUCUUCUUCGCAGAUCUCCACCGAAUCUGCACUUCCAUCAUCCACUUCUAAUUUCUUAUCUCUAUUAACAAAAUUUCCUUUUCUUUAUCAUAACAUUCACCUUCAUCUAUCGCAGUCUCGUUUGCGAUUCAAUACUCCGUGA